CAAAUCAGUAAAUGAAUCACACCUCCGUAUCUGCUUAUCACUCAUGGUGCAGAUAUGACAGAUAACACUGGAACUCGCCUAGUUGCCCACCGACCACGCUCACUGUCACCUGCUGUUUAUUAUUUAAGUUUUGUGAAUGAUGAUGGUUUGUGUGUGAAUGUAAGAGAGUAUGGCGCGCGAGACAUCGUGGCCGUCGAGGAGCGCGCAGUGCGCGUGCGCGGUGCUGGCGCUGCUGGGCGCGGCGCGCGCCGACACCGUCACCAUCGACACCAAGCAGCUCACGUUCGAGGAGACGCACGAGCUGGUGGUGAACGCGUCCGUGGAGUUUAUCUUGAACUUCGCACCGAACCCAGGACAAGGAGUGUGGCCAAUACGAGUUUGGAUUAAAACAGACGGUGGCGACACGUCUCGACCACUACUUGUCACCGCGAGGCGAAGAAUAGGCGCGGUGACGUGGCAGCUGCCGCAGCGCUCCGGCAGCUCGCUGCUGUACCAGCUGGAGCGGACGCUGUGCCCGGACGACAGCGUCGACGUCGAGAAACUCGAUGAAAACUGUGAUUCGGACGAUCCAUCCCAAUCACCUACGGGAGAGUUCUCCCUGCACGUGGGCUCGUCGUGCGCGGCGCCGACCCGCGUGCAGCUCCGCGCGUCCUUCGUGCGCGACUGGCGCCUGCCCUUCAGGUCCUCCACCACCUUGAUCACGCAACAGGGAGCGCCGCGCGUGCACACGUACCAGUUCCUGCCGGGGCAGGCCAGCGUGCGCCUCGUCGUGGAGGCGGACGACGACGUCUGCGCCACCAUCGCCGUGCAGAACUACACGUGCCCGAUAGCAGAAACUCUGGAGGAUAUUGAAAUAUCGAGCCUGAGGAUGACCGUGUUGCGGUCCGGCGCGAUGCAGCUCUCGCGGAGCCGGUACCCGCGCGGCUUCUACGUGGUGGCCGUCGUGCACGACUCGGACACUGCGUGCCGCGAGGACGACCCCGCCGAGGUGGACUGGCUGUGGGAGGCCGCCAUACUGGAGCAACUGCAGGAGCAUGACCACACGUCGCCGCCGCGCCGCAAGACGCUCACGCUGCACGUCCGGGCGUCGCUGUCCCGCGAGCAGUACGCGCUGGGCGCGGGCGUGUCGCUGGCGGUGUUCGUGUCGUUCUACUUGUUGUUCGGCGGGCUGGUGCUGGCGCAGCGCCUGCCGCGCUGGAAGCAGCUGGUCGGCCCGCGCGCCGUCCUCGCACGCAAGCCGGAAGAAGGUACAAGGUCUGAGAUCGACAGCUCUGCAUCACUGUCACCCCGACGACGACGACGCCGCGACUCAACUGCAACGUUCGACAGCAGCGACAACAGUGACACAGACGAAGAAGAAACAGCGACCGGCACCACCGUCGUCACCACCAUCGCUCCCCCACCUGUCGGGGGCACCGCCACCACUCCCCCACCUGUCACAGGGACCGACACCAUCCAGGAGGAGCGCGCCGUGGCAGUGGCUAGUGUGGGCACGGACCCCGCGCCCCCCACCGACGAGGUCACCAUGAGGACGGACUCUAUAGUAGUGCCCGCCGGCGACGACACGCGGCGCUCCGCCACCGAACAGUCCACUCAAACCAGUAACGGUAUACACGGCCUGGAAACUGCAGAAGAACAGGGCGCGGCGCCGCGUCCGUUCGGGCUGCCGGCGCGCCUGCGCGUGGCGGGGCUGGCGCGGCGGCGCGCGCGCGUGCUGGCGGCGCGCUCCGACCGCUACCUGUACACGCUGUACACCGUCGGGCUGUUCUACGCGCUGCCCGUGCUGCAGUUCGUGGCCGCCUUCCAGAUCUUCCUGAACGUGUCGGGCUCGCUGGACGUGUGCUACUACAACUUCCUGUGUGCGCACCCGGUGGCGGGUCUGUCGGACUUCAACCACGUGUUCUCCAACAUCGGCUACUUACUGCUGGGCGCGCUGUUCAUGCUGCAGGUGCGCCGCCGCAAGAUGCGACGGAAGAGGAAGCCCAGGGACGAGGAGUACGGUAUCCCGGCGCACUACGGGCUGCUGUCGUCGCUGGGCGCCGCCAUGAUGAUGGUGGCGCUGCUGUCCGCCACGUACCACGUCUGUCCCAACGCACUCAACUUCCAAUUCGACACGGCGUUCAUGUACGUGCUGGCGGUGCUGUGCAUGGUGAAGAUAUACCAAGCUCGCCACCCCGACAUCAACGCGCGCGCGCACGCGACCUUCGGCGUGCUCGCCGUGCUCAUCUUCCUCGUGGUGUGGGGCGUGCUGGGCGGCGGGCCGUUGUUCUGGAGCGUGUUCACGGUGCUGCACGUGUUCACCUUCCUACUGCUGUCGCUGCGCAUCUACUACGUGGGACAAUUCCGCCUCGAGAAGCAGAGCCUGGCGGAGGCGGCGCGCGAGCUGGCGUCGGUCCCGGCGCGCGGGCUGCGGCCGCUGUACAGCGCGCGCCUCAUCAUGUUGCUCAUUGCCAACGCAGUCAAUUGGGGCUUCGCACUCUACGGACUGUUCACGCAGAGCGCGGACUUCGCGUCGCACCUGCUGGCCGUGCUGCUGGGCAACACGCUGCUGUACAUGGUGGUGUACCUGUGCAUGAAGCUGCUGCACGGGGAGCGGCCGCGCUGGUACGCCUGGCUCUACCUCGCCGCCGCCUCCGCCGCCUGGGCGCCCGGGGGCGACGACGCCGGCGCUGUCGCGGCAUCUCAACCACGAGUGCCGCGUGCUACAGUUCUACGACUCCACGACUUGUGGCACUUCCUGUCGGCCAUGGCUCUCUACUUCACCUUUAAUGUACUGCUCACGUGGGACGACGGGCUCGCUGCCGUCAAACGCACCGAAAUUGCAGUGUUUUAAUAAAUGCCUCUCUUAUUAAUGAA